UGACAACUGCCGUGUCCGCCAUCUUUACUGCUCUCAGCAGAAGGGCACGAAAAGGCCGAAACAAGGGUGCCCUGUAAACUUCAUCCUUCAAAAUGUUGUCCAGGCUUGUCUUCGUCUCAGCUAAUGCCCUGAAAAGCAGUGGGCCCCUUGGUGCUGGUCUGGUCCAGGCCUCCCGCUCUCUGCAGACGUCCUCCCAGAGUCUGGCCCCAGUGCCCCCACUGCCUGAGAAGGGAGGCAAAACACGCCAUGGCAUCAUCCCAGAGGAGCUCUUCCAGUUUCUCUACCCCAAAACUGGAGUCACAGGGCCCUACAUGCUUGGCACUGGCCUCCUUGUCUACAUGCUUUCUAAGGAAAUCUACGUAAUCAACCAUGAAACCUUUGUCGCUGCCUCCAUAGGAGGUGUUUUCAUCUAUGCUGUCAAGAAAUUUGGUCCACAAGUUGCAGCUUUUGCAGACAAACUUAAUGAGGAAAAAGUGGCCAAGGCUCAGGAGGUGAAAGAUCUGGCCAUGACCAGCCUGACACAGGCCAUUGAGGAAGAGAAGAAGGAGCAGUGGAGAGUUGAGGGACGGUCGAUGCUCUUUGACGCCAAGAGGAACAAUGUGGCGAUGAUUCUGGAGACAAACUACAGGGAGAGACUACACAUGGUCACAAACGAGGUGAAGAGACGGCUGGACUAUCAGAUUGCCCUCCAGGACCUGCACCGCCGCAUGGAGCAGGAGCACAUGGUCAACUGGGUUGAGAAGAGCGUCAUCGGCAGCAUCACACCUCAGCAGGAGAAGGAGAGCAUCGCCAAGUGCAUCACAGACCUGAAGGCCCUGGCCAAGGCCACACAGGCCAAAGCUACGGUCUAAACUCCAGUCUUCAAAGAAGAUGGAUUAUUCCCACUCAACAACUGAAAGGAGGCACCACAUUUUGCUUUUCUUUCAAAUAGAGAAGUUCCUCUUUAGUGUCUCUGUGAAUAUUAUGGGUGUGUACAGUAUUUACACGUCAGAUGAUGAUAAAAUAAAUGGUUCUCUUAUUCAAAAA